AUGUCUCGUAUUGACGCUUAUUUUAGCAAAAGAAAGUCAAGAGCCAAUACACACCUUGAGAGCAAUGGAGGUCGUGUAGUCCAAGCUCCUGAACCUGUAUAUGACCUUGUUAAAAAGCCAUCUGACACUACUCAAAAGACAGUCAAGAAGAACAGUAUCUUGUACUAUCUUUCCAAGCAGGCAGAACAACCUGUCCUUUGUCAAAUUCGAUCCAAUAUUCCAUUGACGGAUAUUUGGCAUACUGUUCUUGAAGAGUUUGAUGCUCCGCUUCCAUUGUCUGAUACCAUUCUAAGCCGAAAGAGACUUGCUCAAGAAGACUAUGGUCGAAAUGUGCGUAUCCGUACACAAGCGGAUGUAUUCACAUUAUGCAUGGAAGACUAUGCAACAGAAGACAAGGAAGACCUUUCACGACCUAUUCCUGUAACAAACGAAUUUUCAAGUGUAUGGCAAUAA